UGUGGCACGAACUAGUUCUUCUUUCCCCUCCCCCUCCCAGCCUCGCACUUCCUUCCUAUCCUUCUCUCUCUUCACCUGCUCUCCCCGUUUCCUCACUUCCUGUCGUACUUCCUUUCGUACUCACCCUUUCCUCUUGACUCUCAUCUCACAACACUCCAUAAUCUUCGAUCAUGCCUUCAUCUUCGACCUCGGAGCGCGUGCUGGUUUCCCUCAUCUUGAUUGGCUUCUUGCCUCAAGUCUAUUCUUUCUCUUCGUCUUUCUGCGCGAAACAGCCAAACCUCAGAAUACCUCACGGAGUAUGCAAUGUGUACAACAUGAAAGUUGCGCUUCAGACGCCAUCUCUGAGGAGAAGUCAGAUGCAGCUGAAUCUCUUCGGACGUAAUCCGACUCAGUUCACAUCCUUGGUUCAGCUUUCUCUCGCAGCCCCCUUUGUGAUCUUGAGGCUGUACCAACAUUAUCUCGGUCUCUACCCGCAAGUGAUGGAUGCUAUGACGGGAAUGGUUCUCUACCUACUUGGCAAGGUGACAAGCGAUGCAUUCAAUCACAGGCCAUGGGCAAAGAAACGUAUUUAUGCGAGAUGGGCGACCAUGGGCUUGCUCGACGGGUACAUGACGCAUGCGUGGUACUGGUUCAUCGAGGCGGCUGCUCCGGCGCAUCUUCCGCUGCUGAAGGUCACAGGCAUGAUCCUCACGUCCUCGCUCGUGUACACUCCCCUCUACUGCCUGGGAUUCCUGCUUGUCAUGGGGAUCCUCGAAGGGAAGAGCCUCCAGUCGAUUCAAGAGAAGGUGCAGAAGAACCUGCUGCAGCUGACGACUGUGACGGUGAAGACGUGGGCUCCUCUCAACGUCAUCCUCUUCGGUUUGAUCCCGCUCCAAUCUCGCGUGUGUUUCUCCAUGAUCUGCCAUUACGUCUACUUGAUCGGCCUUGCCAUGUGGGAGUCUGGAAUCCUCACAGCCUUCAUCCUCCGCAUGAAGAACUCUCUCAGCCACUUCCGCAAGGCCUCCCAGCCUCUUCCCGCGUCCUCCAUGGCUGGUUCCAGCCUGAUGCCGGCGACUGCCAUGUCGCCAGUGGAUGACAGCCUCGACCUGUCGUCUCACGGCCUUGCGUCUGCUCCUCGACCUGAAGAUCUCUCUCACUCCAACACGCCGCACGCAUAGGCGAGAUGAGAUGUAAACUAGUGUAAAUAAGACUGCUGUGUAAUCGUG